GUUUGGUGGCCAAACAUGAUAAUAUGUUCAAGCAUAUCAAAUAAAGAGCGAUGUUCGGUAACAUUAGUGAUUAAAGAGUGGAAACUGCUUGUCAUGGGAAGAUGAUUAAGCUAAUCAACAAAAGCAGAGAAAUUAAAUGAUGAACACCAGCCUACUGCUUCACAUCUGACCAUUCCUGAUGGAAGGAGACCUACAAAUGAAAGGGAGCAAGAAUGUGAAUGGAGAAGCACAGAGAGCAUAUGACAGAAAACUGUAUUAUGACAAAUGCAGAGAGAUAUGUACCUGAGUUAAUGAAUUUGAAUGAACAGCCAUAAAAUUGAAGUAUCACUAAUUUUCCUGUUUUGGAUCUACCCGCAACUCCUUUUGGAGAAAGGAAAAAAUGGAUUCAAAAUCAACAUAUCCAAACGUCAGUAUUCCCAGCUUUGAUGAACACCGGGAGAAAAAGAAGCGCUAUACGGUUUACAAAGUACUAGUGCGAGUCGGUAGGAAUGAAUGGUUCGUCUUGAGACGUUAUGCUGAAUUUGAUAAAUUGUACAACACACUGAAAAAGCAGUACCCACAGUUUCCUUUGAAGCUUCCUGCUAAAAGAAUAUUUGGAGACAAUUUUGAACCAGCUUUUAUCAAGCAAAGAAGAGCAGGAUUGAAUGAAUUCAUUCAGAAAAUAGUAUCAAAUCCGUCAUUAAGUGAAAAUUUCGAAGUUCGAGCAUUUCUUCAAAUGGAUAACCCAAAGAAUCAGUCUGAUCUAUCAGAAGAUGAGGAUGAAAAGCCUGGUCACAUGCAACAUUCUACCUCUGAAAGUAUUUAUCUUGGUGCCUCAGGAAAUCCACAAGCUAAACCAACAGACUUUGUUUUCUUGAAGCUAAUUGGCAAAGGAAGCUUUGGCAAGGUACUACUUGCAAAACACAAAGCUGACGGUAAACUUUAUGCAAUCAAAGUCUUGCAUAAGAAAGUGAUCCUAAAGAAGAAAGAGCAAAAGCACAUUAUGGCUGAGCGUAAUGUGCUGCUGAAAAAUGCAAAACAUCCCUUCCUGGUUGGACUUCAUUAUUCGUUCCAAACCACAGACAAGCUCUACUUUGUCCUGGAUUUUAUUAACGGUGGGGAGUUGUUUUUCCAUCUACAAAGAGAGCGCUGCUUCCCUGAAGACAGAGCCAGAUUUUAUGCUGCAGAAAUAGCCAGUGCACUGGGAUACUUGCAUUCACUCAAUAUUGUUUACAGGGAUUUGAAACCAGAAAACAUCCUUUUAGACUCAAAGGGGCACAUAGCUUUAACUGAUUUUGGCCUCUGUAAAGAAGGAAUUGCUUCUACUGACACCACAUCUACUUUCUGUGGAACACCAGAGAAAGUUGGAGCAGAAUCUGCCAGAUGCUCAGUCCAUCCCAAAAACAAAUUGAGUGCUGAAGCAGAAAAAGGCAUUAACUAUUACCUUGCACCCGAAGUGCUCAGAAAGCAACCUUAUGAUAAUACAGUAGACUGGUGGUGUCUUGGCUCUGUUCUGUUUGAAAUGUUGUAUGGUUUGCCUCCCUUCUACAGUCGUGAUACUGUAGAGAUGUACGAAUACAUCCUUCACAAGCCACUGCAAUUAAGACCAGGAACAAGCAAUGAAGCAUGUUCUAUCCUGGAAGGGCUACUUGAAAAGGAGAGCCAGAGAAGAUUAGGAGCAAAAGAAGAUUUUGCUGAAAUCAAAUGCCAUCCCUUUUUUGAUGUUAUUAACUGGGAAGAGUUAGAUCGGAAGGAAAUAGCUCCACCAUUUAAUCCUAGUGUGGCUGGUCCUGAAGACCUGCAAAAUUUUGAUCCAGAAUUUACGGAAGAACAAGUUCCACACUCCAUCUGUCAUUCUCCUGACCGCUCCAUAGUCAAUGCCAGUGUUUUAGAAGCUGAUGAUGCCUUUAUUGGCUUUUCUUAUGCCCCACCUAUUGAAGAUUCAUUUUUAUGAAGGUCAUCUUCUAUAGGAAACUGAACACAACACAAAAUGAAAAUACCUUCAUAAGGAUACAUGUGGACUUUUGAUUUUACACCAUAACCAUCUGCAUGUCUUAAAUAAAGCUAGUAGCAAUUCAGUGAAUUUUGGACCUCUAAACUACUAUAUACUGUACAUUCCUUGUGCAACUUUCAAGUGAUAGAAUAUUUACUUCACCAUUUUCAAGUCUGAAGAUUCCAAAGUGUUGCAUUUUUAACAAUUGCUUAUUAUUUGCUUUCCCUCCCCCCUCACCCCCCCCCACCGAUUUUGUUGAAAUACUGAUGAAGUGCUCUACGUUAUAUCUUUUAAAUAUCAUAGGCACAAUUAAUCAGUGUUGGUAAUUAAGGCUGGAUUAAUGUGUGCUGUGAUGGUUCUCUUGAGCUGAUAUAUUGUGACUGGCAAAUUGCAGUUUACAGACAUAUUUUCACUUGUCAUACGGUAAUUUGUCAUAUUUAGAUUCUGGUCAAAAUUUUUAUCAGUUCACUUGAAGAUUCACUUGAAUUGUCACUCAGUAAAAAAUUGAAUUUAUGGCGUAGACUUUACUUGAAAAUGGAGAAAAAAUCAUGACCUCGCAGGUUAGAUACAUGAAAAUGUUUUACAAGUUAUUUAAUGUGAACUGGGCACCAUCUACUAAACAUUACUUUGGUUUUACUAAAAUAAACUGGAAAUGUACAUAACAGAAAAAUCUCUAUCUGAAUAAGAUGAAACUGUACUUUUAUAUUAUAACAUAUUUAACCGGUGCAGCGUGCUUGAGGUGGAUGUAAACUGAUACAGUAAAGCAAUUAAAUAGCACAUAUUUAAAAUAUAUUCUCAAUAGUUUUUAUUGAUAAUAUUUUUUACAUUUAGUUUUAAAAGGAUGAUGCAAGGAUAAUAUGAAUGCAAGUGUUAAUUUAAAAUUCAAAUGCAUUGUUUUUUAACACAUUGGUAAAAUUUGGCGUGCAUGGAAUCACAUCUGAUACUUAACGUUUUGAUCCAUUAUUCUGCCAAAUUAAUGAAAGACUUGUAGACCAGUUGCAACAAACCCUUCAUGAGGAAAUAAGCAGAUGCUGGAAAUCCAAAGCAAAACACAGAAAAUGCUGGAGGAACUCAGCAGGCCAGGCAGUAUCCAUUAAAGAGUAGACAGUCGACAUUUUGGGCCAAGACCCUUAUCAGGACUCCAACCAGUUCAUUUAGCAGGUAGAGAACAUAGUUAAGUGAUUUUUUUCCCCCAAUAUUUUCUACAUUACUUAUGUUGUUCCAGAACCCACACUGCAUCCAGGCUAUCCUCUAUUUGUUCCAUAUGUAUUCUGUAUGUAGAAUAAUCAUCAUGUGAACUGUAAGCAAUAAGCCAUUUUUAUAAAAUAAUCUAUACUUUCCUCUUUUUGUAUUCUGAUAACAGAUAAAAUUGUUCAGAAAACUCUUUCUGGUAACUUGGAGUCUAUGACUGUAGUAAUGGAGGA